AUGGCCUUAUCUCUUCCAGAUCCUCAGCCGCAGCUAUGGAAGAUUCUGUCUCCUCACCAGGAAGCCAUGGUCGAAGCAUGCAAGACCGGCCAACUAGCUCAGUUACAACGGCUGUUUGAGGAGCACCAUGUCAAGCAAGGUCACGAAAUUAUCUGGUAUAAUGAUACCAAAGGAGAGGGUGCUCCCACGACAGCUACGCUCUUUGAAGCAGCCAUUUCUCAUGGGCAACAAUCCAACGUCCGAUGCCUGCGCUCGAUAUAUCCUGAUUUCGACUUUAGAGAACCCUGUUUUGGGUUCGACGACCACAUGACGUCCAUGCUGAGCUUGGCUAUUGAAGAGGGCCCUCAGAAUGCGCCUUUCAUUCUCUUCCUUCUAGAUCACGGAGCGAUGAGUUUGGACAACGGCAGCUACACUUACCAUCUUGGAUGCGAAUUGUUGCCGGCCAUUACCAACGACCAACCGAUAGGGGUCAUCAAAAGGAUGGUUCCCCUGACCGCCUGUCUAUCGUUUCCCAAAAUGACAGCAAUCAAUCGCAAACGUACCGACGCACUUGAGGCAUUCCUGGACGAGGAGCAGAAGAGGAUACGAGGGACCCAGUCCAGUGAAGAUUUGGAGUCGACGCUGCAGUCUGUAAAGAGCACAGGAGACAAGGAAUUAAUUGCCGUGGUAGAACGCCACAUUCACAAGGUUGAGCAGCAAGCGGCCAAAGACGCUCAAAAGAAUUCGAGGUCUACCAAGAAGUGGUGGCAAUUCGGAAUGGGGAAGAAGGCGACUGAGAACACAGCGCCCACAGAUUCCAGCAGCCCGACACGGUCAGAAGGCUCAAGUUGGUGGCCGUCGCUCUCAAAGACUUGA